GUACCGAGAUUACUGGAUUAGCUCACCAACUGGGGUACGAACGCGAAGUUAUACGCAUUUGGUUCUGUAAUAAACGUCAAGCCUUGAAGAAUACCGUCAGAAUGAUGUCCAAAGGCAUGGUUUAAAUGAUGUGUCACAGCAAUGAAAUCAGAAACAAUGCUGUAACUGCUACUAAAAAGUACUUUCUAUAAAUAAUGGUUAAUUAUAAGUAGGGGAAACCAAGGAUUGCCGAUAUCUUGAAAAUCAAGAACAACAACUACAACUUUUGUAGAUAGAAUUGGAAUUGCUGAUCACUGAAAAAAAUGCUGAAGCAUAAUAACUUAUCCGGAUGGAAAUAUGUAUUACUUUGAUAAUGAAUAUUAUAUAUGAAAACCAAUACUUGGAAAUAUCUCUUAUGAAUCAAUAUAUUCCAGUAAAAAAAUUCCUGUAAAUUACUUCGUCGGGUAGUUUUGAAAUUGGAAACCAUUGAAAAAGACGAGACUUUAGAAGACGAGUGUGGAAGAGUUUUAUAAGAGAAAGGGACAAAUCAGAUUAAAGGAAGUUAAAAGUAAAAGUAAAACAUUAAUAGAAUAAUAAAGAUAUAAGAGACAAAGAUUACGGAAUCUGGUUUAGUUUUUAAGGAUUUGAGUUGAUGUACAGGAUUCAUAUUUAAUAGAAAUAAGCUUUAAUGUAAAAGCAACAAUAUUUAUGUAUAAACAGACGUAGCCUUAAGAUAGACCUAAGUACACUUAAGUGUAAAAUUUUUAUAAAAACAACUUAAAAAGGAUUUUAAUAGGAAAGUUUGCGAAAAGUACUCUCAAGCUAAAAAGGAUAAUUUAGAAAUAAAAAAAGUUUUCAAACCAAACAAUUCCCAUUCUUUGUAAAAGUGUAUUUAUACAAGUGUGUAUGUGUGUGUGUGUGUGUGUGGGUGAGAGUGUGUAUAUGUGUGAGUUGUGAAUGCGUUUUUUGUGAUAGUUUUUGAAAAAUAUAAAUGAGAUUUAAUUAAUUUUAUAAUGUAUACAAUAUGUCUAACAAUUUAAAAAUUAUUUAUAAUUAAAAUUAGUAGUGCUAAGUUUAUAAGAUUAUCUGAAAUAUGGAAGGAAGUUGAAGGAGUUAGAAUUCAUGCCAUAAAAGGGAAGCAAAAAGAGUGUCAUAGCGAUUUAUUGUAAAUUCUAUUUUAAGCAAAAAAAAAAAUAUG